CGAAGUUUUGUUUUUCGAUCAUACAAGUAGCGGCGGCGUAAUUAGGAAUUGAAAUCGCAGCUAUGCUCCGCCCACCGCGGCUCGCGGAGUCAGCCCGCGGCGGCGGCGGAAGGGGAAAGGUAGCGGAAAUGACGUCAAUAUAGGGGUCCCAGGCGCCCGCGCGGAAAGCGUGUGGAGGUUUUGCGCGUCAGUCCUGUUGUAUCCGUGGCCUUUAUCGCAAUUGAUCAAGAUCUCCACCCUACGUUUCCGGCUUACGAUUCAAAGGACUGUUACCGCAAGGAGAACUCCGUCGAAGAAGCAUAUAGUGUCACCAUGCCGUCCUUUUGCGCUGCUUACGGCUGUACGAGCACCGGCGGCCGAGACGAUGUUAUCUUUCACAAUUUCCCACGGCAGAAAAAACAAGCUGCUCAGUGGAUCGCAGCGGUGAAACGAAGUAAUUUCAAGCCUUCAAGAACCACUCUUCUCUGUUCAAAACAUUUUCGGGACAGUGAUUACCAUCAGAGUUUAUCGCUGAUGCGUGCAAUGGGAAUUCCGGUGAAAUCUGCUCGACUAAGGCCAGGCGUGGUGCCAUCGAUCUUCGCUCAUAAACGAAAUGAAUCGCCGCCACCGAGAGCAGCCUUCGCGAAGAGACGAAAGCAAGAGGUAAGAUGUCGAAUGUUGGAGCUUAUGCCGCAUGUAGAAAAAAUGCACGUUGUUUUUCUGGGUAAUCGCUGUCUGUUUCUCAUUCUGUUACUUAAAUCUCCUCGCUUCUGUCGUUGGCGAUGCUUUCCCCGAAGAGUUCCGAACCUGGGCCUGUAUUUUGCGCCACGUCUCUCGUUAUCACUUGUAACAACACAAGCCAAUUUAUUUCAGGAUGACGCCACAGCAGAGCCGGCAUAUGAAGCAGCACCAGAUCCGGCUUGUGAAUUUGGACAAGCUGUAGAAAGAUCACCAGAGCCAACGUGCGAGUCAGGCCUUCUUAGAGAUAAAUCUGUUCAAGUGAGAUUACCAACAUGCCACAAAGCAUCCCAAGCAAAUGAAAAGAAAAAUCUGUCAACACGUGCUACGCAAACAAAGCCUCAAUCUGUUUCUGUUGGCAUCCAGGUUGGCAUUUCCAUGGUGGAUGCUGCAACGCAAUGCAGCCAACAAGCAACACAUUGGGAGGAAGCUGCUCAAUGUGAUGAAUUCAGUGAUGAUGACGACCCCAUUACUAUGGAAGAUGAACAUGAGUACAAUCCUUCAGAAGAGCUCGAAGAUGCCGAAGUUGACAGUGAGAGCGAAAUUGAUUUUGAUGAAGAGCAACAGCAGAAAACUUUUUUUGUCCAAGAGCAACAAUUGAGGCAGCUCUUUCUGACCUGUUUGAAAUGUCUGGCACCAUGCAUGUAUAAUCGUCGAUGCCAAGGAACACUUGUAGAGGUAUGGACUGAAUGUCCCGCUGACCACAAGUAUUACUGGACUAACCAGGCUGUGGUAAAGCAACAGCCUCUUCUGAACCUCCAGCUCUGUGCUGCCAUACUAUUCUCGGGAAACAAUCCAACAGAAACACUCAGGAUGUUGACCUCAAUUGGUGUACAGGUUGUAAGUGAAAGAACGUUCUUCAAACUGCAGUCUGCUCACCUCUGGCCUGCUGUUGACAAAGUUUGGAAAGAGGAACAGGAACUGAUUUUGCAAGCAGCACAAGCCCAACGAGUAAAGCUUGCUGGUGAUGGCCGUGCCGACUCGCCCGGAUUCAGCGCCAAGUUUGGCACCUACUCUCUGCUGGACGUUGAGGGAAAUAAGAUCCUGCACUUCGAGCUUGUGCAGGAAAGACAACCCAUCUUAAUGCCACUAUUUCCAGUCUAA